GUGUUGAUCUGGAAUAAUUCUAACCAUUUAAAUGAACACAUUUUAUUUUGGUCCAUUUUAGGUGUUUAUGCUCCACUUUGUAAAUUUGUCAAUUGUUCGCUUUCGUACGCGUGUAAACAUUAGAAUCUAUGCUUUAGUUACUGAUUUUUUGGACGCAUAACUUAGCGAUUGAAGAUUAAGAGGCUGGAACUGGUGAAGUAAGUAAUGGAUCAGCGUAAGAUUAACGAGAAUGAGCUAGCUGCUAUCCCUCCAUGUUGCUUGAAAGCACGGGCUUUCUCCCCUGAUGCUGAGCUGGAAGCUAAUUGUCACGCAACCGUUGUUUCAGGAUGGUUCACUGAGCAUCAGAAUUCAUCUGAUAAAGGUGAUAAACGAGUUUACUUCAAUAACCCUAUGUGGCCAGGAGAAGCACAUUCAUUAGAAGUAAAAAAUGUAUUAUUCAAAGAAAGAUCAAAGUUUCAGGAGGUCCUAGUUUUUGAGUCUGCAACGUACGGGAAAGUGCUAGUUCUUGAUGGUAUCCUUCAGCUAACCGAGAAAGACGAGUUUGCCUACCAGGAGAUGAUAGCUCAUCUUCCCCUUUGCUCUAUCCAAACACCAAAAAAUGUCCUGGUUGUGGGUGGCGGUGAUGGUGGGGUGCUUAGGGAAGUUGCUCGGCACAGCUCAGUGGAGCUGAUCGAUAUAUGUGAGAUAGAUCAGAUGGUUAUAGAUGUUAGUAAGAAGUUCUUUCCCGAUUUAGCUGUUGGCUUCGAGGAUCCUCGUGUUCAUCUCCAUGUUGAAGAUGCGUUGGAGCUCAUACGACAUGUUCGGAAAGGGAAGUAUGAUGCCAUUAUUGUUGAUUCUUCUGAUCCUGUAGGUCCUGCUCAAGAUCUUGUUGAAAAGCCUUUUUUUGAGAUGAUUUCAAAUGCAUUGAGGUCUGGUGGUGUUCUUUGUAACAUGGCUGAGAGUAUGUGGCUCCACACGCAUCUUAUUAACGAUAUGAUUGCUGCUUGCCGUGAAGUAUUCAAGGGGUCGGUUCACUAUGCAUGGGCUAAUGUCCCCACUUAUCCUAGUGGUGUGAUUGGAUUCAUACUGUGCUCAACGGAGGGCCCGCAUGUAGAUUUUAGAAAUCCUGUAAAUCCCAUUGAGAAGCUAGAGGGAGCAUAUGAUCAGAGCGAACCAAAAUUCUACAACUCUCAGAUACAUAGAGCUGCAUUCGCCUUGCCGUCUUUUGUGAAGAAGCAAGUGAGUAGUCUCUGAAGCUUAUUAGUAUGAGAUGAGGGCUUGAAUUCAUAUGUAUAUUGUGAAUGUAGAUUGUCAAUAUGAUCCAAUGUUGGUCAACUUAUGGUCUUAUGCUGUACUACCUGUCUUUAAUUGCACAACUAUAACACCAAAUUAAUAAAGUGAAAUAGUAUGCAUGGUUUGAGCUUUUA